AUGUCAGAGUCGAAGUCGGAGGCGAAGUGUACCUUUGAUUUCCAGGCUCCGUCGGAGGUAACUUUCGCGCUUUCUCAGCGAUGCCAGCCAGAUGCCACUUCUUCCGGUGAGACUGCAAGGAGCCGAGGCAGCGGUGCCAGCAAGACUGGCCCCAAGAAACUUCUCGAGUGCGUGUGCUGUAAGGAUCCGCCCAAGAAUGGUCGCCUCUGCCCAAAGCACAAGAAAGCCUACGACGUCGCCUACAAGAAAGCCACCUCCGAUGCCGGCAAGGCGCCGCCCGAGGAUAACCCUGAUGCCGAGGGGGACGAUAAUGGCGUGAUUGAGGGCUCAGACUACGACCUUUUCAUAAAGACUGAGCGCAAGAAUGGAUCAUGGAGGAUGGUUAACCAAGCUAUUGCCUUAUUAUGCGACAUUGCCAGCAAGGAGACCAUGAACGGAGGCAAACGCACGGUCAGGAAGAACGGAGUCAACUUCUCCCAGUUUGUCCACUCGGAGGGGUACCGUCAGGAGUCUUGGAAUAGCACGGGAAAGUUGAAAGUGGACGAGGAGAUCUUCAUGGCAAUGAUGGAGAACCUCCGCAAAUGGGCGCCCGAGAAAUCCAAAGCGCAUUGGGAGGAGCAGAAGGCCGACCCAGACGUCGGUCGCGACGAAGAUGGGCCGUCUUGGUCUAAGCAGCGCCUGUGGUUGCCGAAGAACCUUUUCGGCCAGGACUCCUUGGACGACAGGCAGGGCAAGUGCGAGGACAAGGGGCUCAACCACAGCACGAAGAGCAACUGCAAGAUCGACCAGGAGACGAUUAACCAGAUGAGAGCCGAGGCUUCGAGGGGCUUCAAACGCCCGUUCAGCGCCACCGCCUCGCUGAGCGGGGAAAUGCACCGGCCCCUGACGAGCGACGCCGUGACGAUCCCUGCCAGUGCGACGGAUCAGAAAGACAGUUUCGGCGUCAUGGAGGCGUUGCGAUCGACAGCAGGGAGCGCGGGCUUACUCCAGUCAAGGCCCGCCGCCGCCACCAACACCACGCCAGAUGGCAAACGGGCCCGGGGGAGGGGCAACAAGAGCGGCAUCGAUGACAAGGGCACUAAGAAGACGAAAGCGGACAUCUCGGACGUGAAGGUCAGUCGGAUGGCUGCCAAGAGGGCGGCGCAACAAGCCAUUCAACUCCUGUGGACCAAGUUGGAGACCAGUAUGGCCGACGCUGCGGUCACCCUCCAGUCGCAGGCUGAGGUGUGGGAGGACAGCCCUGAGGAGAGUCAAACCCUGGAGGAGCGCCUGGUCGCGUCUGGCUUAUACUUGCGCUGCCGCUUCGAUCCGAAGCAGAACGACGCCAAGAAAGUGGUGAAGACCUACGUGGAUAUCUCGAAAGGGCCGUUCUCUGACUUACCCAACUUCCGCCUCGACAACCUCGCAGCCAGCGCCAGCAACGCCGAGAACUUCAGGGCGAAGCUGUUCGACGCGCUCAAGGGCAAGACGAAGGAACUCUUCGGGGAGACGACGACGAAGCCAGAUGUGACGAUGCAGUCUACAGAUGAGGCGUCUGAGAAGCCAGAGGUUCAGACCGAGGAGGAGAAGGGCGAGGUCGAUGGAGCGAAAGCGGAAAAGAAAGCUGAGAAUGAGAAGUCCGAGCCGUUGGCGGAGUUCACACUGAGUGAGGAGCAGGUCGCCGUCGUGCACUGCACCAUUCUGCAAGCUGGCUUCAAAUGCAUCGCUAUGCUUCCCGUCGAGAAUCCUACUGAGUUCCUAAGCUCGAGCCGGAUGACUGCCUUGAUGAACUCGAUUGGGACCGUGCAGAACCAGGUGGAGCUCGACAGCCUGACUACGACCGUGGACCAGCAGAAGGAAAUGAUCGGCCAGCUCAGGUUCGCGUUGGACCAGUCGCACAAGGCAUUGAGACGGUGUGCCACCAGGGCGGCAACUGCUCAGAAGAGGAAGCUGGAUCAGGAGAGGAAAGAGGCCGAGGAGAAGGCAAAGGAAAAGCUUGAAGCAGACGUUGAGAAUGCCAAGACGAAGCUGCAGUCCACGAAGAACACGGCCAACUUUGCGCUGGACUGGACUACCUUGGGACAUAGGGCCGUUCAAGAUCUGGUCGACGAGGAUGCCUACAAUGAGCACUUGAAGUCUCACGCGCCGUUCGACUUGCCUUUCAAGUUGAAGCAGAGCAAUACGUGGACAGCUUGCGCCGACAAGCAGGGGGCCGUCAUCAAGGACUUCUUGACCAAGUGGAACUCCGAGGAGACAGGUUUCUUGUCUGCCAAGUGCGCGGAGAACGCCGUCCAGCACAUUCUGCAGCCCAAGCAAGGCGCCAACGACAUUCAGGAUUGGAUCCAGAAGAUGGCCCCCGCCGAGUGGGUCGUCGCGGACUUAGUGAACGGCAAUGCGCUGGCAGAGCCGAGUUUGCUCGGCUCUGUCAGGUACAUUGUGUCUGGCAGCAUCCACGUGCUGCUCGUCGACCCGCUCAAGCUGUUCGGCAAGGUUUCGAUGGACGACUUCACGGUUCCCGAGUCCAUGGAGGUCGACCUGGAGGCCUUGAAGGCUCGCAGCCUCCACGCCUUCGCCGCGCUGAUGCAGAAUAUGGACGCCGAGACCGCCAAGAAGUUGGCUGGCCCUGAUCACGAUGUGCACUGCAACCUGUACCACGCCACGAUCACUGCGGGCGAGAGCAUUUACGUGCCUCCAGGGUGGUUGGUGGGAAUCACCCCUGCCAACAAUCUGCCAGCUUCUGGCGUCCGGAAGUGUUUCUUCCCGAAGGUCGAUCCAGCAACGCUUGCAGAUCUGAAGACGAUGGAGGGCGAGAAAAGCAUCGCGUCUCAGGCGAGCAAGCUGUUGGACGUGCUGUCUGUGUCGGCGAAGGCACCGCCUGGACCGCCCUCCUGA